UGUUACAUCUCUACGUCGAAAAAAUUUAGGACUAAAUACGAUUAAUAUGUGUUUUGUGCUAACAGACAACGACAGUGUUCAUCACCUAACGGAUGGAGAGAAUGAUCACAUUGAUACAAUUACUAAAGUUAACUUUCCAACUAUGAAUCAUCUAUUGGAUUAUUUAAAUGCCAGCAAGAAUUAUAUAUUUACUGAUACAUGGGGAUAUAAAAAUAAUAAUUCCUGGAAUGGUAUGACUGGAUACUUGGUCAGAGGCGAAGUUGAUAUCGGAGGUUCUCCAAUGUUCUUUACGAGCCAGCGUAUGUCCGUGGUUGAAUACAUAUCCAGUCCGACUCCAACUCGAUCGAUGUUUGUUUUUCGACAGCCAAAGUUAUCAUACGAAAAUAAUCUCUUUUUAUUAUCCUUUCAUAAAUAUCUAUGGUACGGUUCUGUUUCUUUGUUAGCAAUUCUAUUUAUUGCUUUGUUCUUCAUUACGUUUUGGGAGUGGAAGAAGAUACGCCUGGAAAAUUCAAUGAUUUUUCAGAGCGUGGAUUCCACCGUACUCCGUCCAAAUGUAUCAGACAUUGCAAUUUUGAUAUUUGCAGCAACUUGUCAACAAGGUAGCCAUACAGAACUAAAAGGAUCCCUCGGCCGUAUUGUCUUACUGCUGCUUUUUAUAUCCUUAACAUUCCUUUACACAUCGUAUUCAGCCAACAUCGUUGCCCUGCUGCAGUCCAGCUCCUCACAGAUAAGGAGUUUGGACGACUUAUUGCAUUCCAGACUUAGUUUCGGCGUGCAUGACACUGUUUUCAACAGAUACUAUUUUUCGAUAGAGACCGAACCUAUUCGAAAGGCGAUAUAUGAAACAAAAAUUACGCCAUCUGGUGGUAAAACACGUUUCAUGACGAUGGAUGAAGGAAUAAAGAAAAUGCAGAUGGGCCUUUUCGCCUUCCAUAUGGAAACCGGUGUAGGUUACAAGUUCGUGAGCAAAUAUUUUCAAGAAGGUGAAAAAUGCGGCCUCAAAGAGAUCCAAUAUUUACAAGUGAUCGAUCCUUGGCUUGCAGUCCAAAAGGAUACGCCUUAUAUGGAGUUGUUUAAAAUUGGGUAA